GGCUGACAUUAUAUUAAACCCCAUGGAUUAAAGUUUUAAAGUUACUAAAGUUCAUAUAUGUGUGAAGGCAGAUGAGUGAAUACUUUUAGCAACAAAAUGAAUGUUCUAAGCUCGACAAGUUCUCGUUUUAUAUGUCUGGAAAAAUUGACUCCACACAAAUGUAUUUACAGUGAACUAAUGUAAUCUAAUUUGAGAAAUCAAGGAUGAUUUAAAAAAAACACUCUCACACAGGAAUGUAUGGAACAAUAUGGGCAAAUGUAAAGCUGUUAAUCUAAAAUAAAAAAGUAAUACUUUCAAGGAAUGAGGAAGUUACUUUUUACACAAAAGGACAAACACUCCAGUCUCAUGAUUUUCUCAAAUUUGAGGAACAAAGGGUCUUUAGCACGGAGACCUAUAAAAUGAUGCUUGCAUUAAUGAAAACCAGUUGGAGAAAUCUCUUCUCUUAAAAACUGUCCUUCUUUCUGUUGUUUAGAAACCAGAGAUGGUUUUUCAUAAAGAGCAAUAUGAAUUGUCUGCAGCAUAUGAGGAUGUCAGUAAUAGUCUUUAUGCCAGUGAAGAUGUCUUGAAGAAAUACUCAGACGAAAGCAGUAAAGUGACUUCUGCAACAUUUGAUUUAGUCUCUUCACAGCCACAAACGUCAACAAAUACAGCAGGAGUUCAAAGGUACAAAGUUGGGACUGUGACCUUAGGACUUUUGUGUCUACUACUGAGCAUUCUCAUCAUUUAUCUGGUUCUUUCCACAGCUACCCAUCACAACACAUUGACCGGGGAGAAAAAUGAACUGAUGGAGGCCAACUUUGACCUUCAGGUCAGUUAUCAAAAUAUGAGUAGAGAACAAGAUGAACUGAGGAGGAACCUGACUAAACUUGUUUCACUGCAUUACUCCCUGACUGAGGAAAGAGAUGGACUAGAGAAGAUCAACUUUGAUAUUGAAGCCAAUAGUAAAAACCUGAAAGAAGAGAAAGAUGAACUGAAGAGGAAGCUGAAUGAUUUGGCUUCAGAAGCGAAUCUCUUCACUAAUGAGAGAGACACUCUGAAGAGCAUGAACUCUGGCAUCCAAGUCAUGAAUAACAACCUGGCUAAAGAAAGAGAUGAGCUGAAGAGCAACCUGAGUGAGUCUGUUUCACAACUUAACUAUCUGACUGAAGAAAGAGCUAGACUGAAGAACAUCAUCUUGGAUAUUGAAGCCAGUAAUAAAAACCUGAAAGAAGAGAGAGAUGAACUAAAGAAGAACCUGAAUGUUUACGUAUUAAAACAGAAUUCACUGACUCAAGAGAGAGACGAUUUGAAGAGGAUGAACUCUGACAUUGAGGCCAAGUCCAGAACAAUUACAAGGGAAAGAGAUGACCUGAGGACAAGACUCAACACCUUAAAUUCACAGUAUCGUUCUGUAACUGAAGAGAGAGACGGGAUAAAGUCCAUUCUGAAAAACCCUGAAUGGGUGAUUUUUAAAGGCAGUGCAUACUACGUCUCUAAGACUGAGAAGAACUGGCAUGAAAGUAGAAGUUACUGCAGAUCAGUAGGAGCAGACCUGAUGGUUAUCAACAGCAAUGAUAAACAGUCCUUUGCCAAUGGAUUCAAUAAAUAUGUGUGGAUUGGACUGACUGACUUGGAGACAGAAGGGACGUGGAAAUGGGUGGAUGGGACAACACUGACUUCAGGCUACUUCAGUGAUGGCGAGCCAAAUGGUAAUACAAAGGAAAACUGUGGGAAUAUAAAGAGAUAUGGUGACCUGAAAAGCUGGAAUGAUGAAACAUGUUCGAAGUCCUGCAACUGGAUUUGUGAAAAGAAGCUUGCUUAACUGCAACUACUAUAAGUAGGACAAGAGUGCAGACCUCUUGAAUGCAGAGAAGAAUGAAAAAGCAAUAUUUAUCGAUUCCAUUUAGUCUUAUUUUUAGAUUUUAGGCAAAUAAAGAAUUCAUUUAGAUGCGACUUGGCAGGUUAGCUUAAGGUCAAGUUGUUAGAUGUUUGUUAGAGUUCCCCACUGCUUGUUAAAUAAAACUCUAAGACUUUAUAGCUGCUUUGCCAGACUUUUACAAGUACCUGUACCUUUAUUUCAGACAUCAAGACUGUAAUUAUCCAUGUUAAAUGUAUAAUGGAAAAUUUUGUUGCUUGCUUACGUCUUAUGACUGUGUUAAUCUUUUGAUUUAUGUUAUGUCUUUAUUUAAUGCUUACGGACUCUGUGUGGAAUAGGUUUCACUGCUUUGCCACUCUUAUGGUCAUCUGCUAGAGCUGGUUUCAGCAGUUACAAAAAUAGUUCUCACAGUAGCCUGGAAAAUUGUUCUUACUCUCUCUGUCGUAAAUAUUUUUACACUUCUCCUUUCCUUGAGUAUGAAAACACAAACUAAAUCUGUAGGUCAGAGGUUACUCUGACUGGUCUUUCACUCUGAUGUUUUGCUCUCAUCUUGUACAAGAUACUUUAAUAAACCUAACUGAGUGUUUCUGACACCUUGAUCAGUCUAUGGCACAAACAAUUAAGGCUGUUUAAUCAGUGAUUUCACUUAUUUAGCAUUAAACUUAAUGUUUCACUUUA